GGCUCCGCCCCCCGUUCUCACAGAAGGACCCCUGCCGGGCUGUCUGCUCUCCUGAUAAUUCACGACUAUUCCUGCCGCAACGACAUUCUCGGUAACAGUUGACAGCAUUGAGGCUAACGACAAAUUUUAACGACCGCGCUAAACCUGUAACGUUAUUUCUGUACGGGCACAUCACGGACAGCAGAGUGCGUUGCGGCUUGUUACAGCUCGCCCGGCGCGCGUGCGCGAAUAGCUGAGCCCUUCGCACAUGCGCUAUGUGCAUCGAGUGCUGCGCCUGCGCGGUGGCCCAUGACAGUUUAGAAACCGGGAUAACAUAUUUGCGGGAUUGGUCGUUAAAAAUCGCUCGUGUCCCGGGAAAUGCUGCGCCUCCGGGACAGUAGGUCACUAUGCGGUUGGACUAGGGGACGGGUGGCACUGUCGUCACUGGGGAGAAGUGACAGGUUCGUCCACUGUUUGGUUUAGGCUCCUGGCUGCAGUGACAUCACAAGCUGAAUCUUUUGGGAAGCGGUGCCUAGUGGAGUGAAGAUGCUUGGCCUGUGACUUUGGGGUGUCUUGUGAGUAUUUUGGGACGUUAGCAAGCUUGGGCUGGGGGACCCCCUGAGCUGCUUUCUCAGGGUGUGACACUACUGAAGAGGUCAGGUUUGUGUCAAGCCAUUAUGGAUGAGGGGGAGUGUAAAGAAAUGGAGUUUUUGGAAGACUUGUCUGUGGGGAUGGACACGUUUAUUCACCGCAUUGACUCCACCGAGGUGAUCUACCAACCGCGACGGAAACGGGCAAAGUUGGUGGGGAAGUACCUGAUGGGUGACCUGCUGGGAGAGGGAUCCUACGGCAAGGUAAAAGAGAUGCUGGACUCCGAUACGCUGUGUCGCCGUGCUGUGAAAAUUCUCAAGAAGAAAAAACUGCGUCGGAUCCCCAACGGAGAGGCAAAUGUUAAGAAAGAAAUUCAGCUACUGAGGCGCUUGAGGCAUCGCAAUGUGAUCCAGCUGGUAGAUGUUUUAUACAAUGAAGAAAAGCAAAAGAUGUAUAUGGUCAUGGAGUACUGUGUGUGUGGAAUGCAGGAAAUGCUGGAUAGUGUACCAGAGAAAAGAUUCCCCAUCUUUCAGGCGCAUGGUUAUUUCUGCCAGCUAGUGGAUGGUCUGGAGUAUCUUCAUAGUCAGGGAAUUGUGCAUAAAGACAUCAAACCUGGGAACUUGCUGCUCACAACAGACGGGACGCUCAAAAUCUCAGAUCUAGGUGUUGCAGAGGCCUUACACCCGUUUGCAGAGGGUGACACGUGCAAGACCAGCCAGGGGUCGCCUGCAUUUCAGCCUCCAGAGAUUGCGAAUGGCCUGGACACCUUCUCAGGGUUCAAAGUGGAUAUCUGGUCAGCAGGCGUGACCUUGUAUAAUAUCACUACUGGGCUGUACCCCUUUGAAGGGGAUAAUAUAUACAAACUAUUUGAAAAUAUUGGAAAGGGAGACUACUCAAUACCUGAGGAGUGCGGGCCACUACUGUCUGAUCUGCUGGGAGGAAUGUUGGAAUAUGACCCAACCAAGAGGUUUUCAAUACAGCAGAUUCGUCGUCACAACUGGUUCCGAAAGAAGCAUCCACAGAUGGAUCCCCCUGUACCCAUUCCCCCUACUUCAGAAACCAAGGACCGUUGGAGGAGUCUGACAGUUGUGCCUUACCUGGAGGAUCUACACGGGUAUAGUGAAGAUGAGGACCUCUGUGACUUAGAGGAUGAAAUCAUCUACACACAAGAUUUCACAGUUCCAGGGCAGGUGCCUGAAGAGGACAUGUUUGCACAGACACAGGGCAGUGCUACUACCAAACAACUGUGUAUGAAUGGCACAGAGAAUCAACUCAAGGCAGAGAGAAGAGUUAGUUCUGCAUCCCAGCGUAAGGCCAGCACAAUGGGGGGCAAAGUACGCAAGCUGUCGGCCUGCAAGCAACAGUGACCUGAAAGUCUUCUCUACAAGUGACCCAGUCCUGCAGGCUCCUCCCAGGCUCAGUUCUGCGAGAUUCUGCCCAACAGACGCUACAGCCGAAUUGCUGCAGUAAAGGGAACUGCCCUUUUAAUUGUUUUGCCCCCUUCCUCCUCUGGACCUCUAGGACUUGCGCAGUGUCCAGCAUCUGCUGCACUUUAUGACUUGAACUUAAUUCUGGCUCCACUUCAUUGUCUGGCUGUAUACUACAUGUAAUAUACUUAAGAGGUGGAGGUCCCGUCAUCAGCCCUAUCUGAGCCCUCAUACACAAUGAAAUGCAAAGUGGGAAGGGAAAAGGAGCUCCUCCAACCAAACCCAGCUGUUGUGUGUGCAUCAGGAGAAAAGAAGCUGUGUGUUGAUGAUCACAGGUUGUUUGUUUUCUCCUUAGUGAUUAAACGUUUAUUUGGUUUCCACUA